UUGAUUUCGUUGUAGUGGAGAUGGAGGCUCAUCAGGCAGCUGUUGGCGAUGAUGAACUACUAAUUUGCAGAAUGAAAAGGGCGAAUUGGAAAUGCAAGAGUGUUAUUGGUGAUAAUGAAUUACAGUAUUGUGAAAAACAUUACAAUUAUGUUAUAGCCAAGAAGAAGAAGAUUGACGAGAAGGAGCUUCCUCCGGAUGAACAGCGUUGUUGUCAAACUAGUAAUAAAGGUACAUGGAGAUGCAGGAAUUUCAGGAUGGGUCUUGGUACUUCUGCUGCUGCUGCUGUUGAUGAUGGUGAUAGUUCUGUUCCUAAGACCAAAUUUUGUGAAAAACAUUACUACGAUUAUCAGAGGUAUUACGCGAGGCAUCAUGAGAGGAAGCAGCUUCUUAAGAUGAAGACAAGAGGAGAUGGCGAAGAUGCAGUUGCAGAAACUAGGGAUUCCAAACGGAGGAGGAAGAAGGUUACCGAGGAAGAUGACUGGUCCGUUGAUGAAACAGGAGGAACUCAAUCGAAUACAGGUAGUGACGAUGAUGAUACCUCUGAUGGAAUUGUGGAAGGUGGUUCUGCCAAUAUUGGGAGGAAGGGGAAAAAUGUCGAAAGAGAAGAAGGGAUUGGAGAACUAGAAUCAUUGACAAGAAUUAGGGAAGUAAUGAAAGAUGACCGGUUCAUUGAUGAAACAAGAGUUCAACUAAAUACUAAUCAUACCUGUGACUCUGAUAGAAUUCAAGAAGGUGGUUCUGCCACUAUUGGGAGGAAUAUGACAAAUGUCGAAAUAACAGAUUGGUGUAGAGAACUAGAAUCAUUGACAAGAAUUAGGGAAUCUAUGGUUGAAUUGGAGACUCUGGAGCAAUAUAAGAGUAAGUGUUUUCAAUUGUCUGUGGAGCUCGAGAAGAUGAGAGUGGAGCUUGAGAGGAAGAAAGUGGAGUGCACUGCACUGCAGGUUAAAUUAACGGAGGUAGAAACUAGAAAGACGGCUGCUACAGAUGAGACUGAACGGGAAACCGCGGAUGGAACAGAAUGUUGUAGGAAAAUGAUGUCCGAUUUUGAGAGUCGACUCCUAAGGAUGGAAAAUCAAAAUUCAACAAUGGGAUGUUUGGAGUCUCGGAUUUCGAAUUUGGAGAGACUAAACCUGAGAAGGGAAAAUGAAAAUUUGACAAUGGGAUGUGUAGAAUCUGGCAUUUCAAAUUUGGAGAGCCUUGUAGUGAGGAGUAGAAACGGAAGUUCAGUAUUGAGAUGUCUAGAAUUACGUGAUUCUGAAGCAAUAGAGUCCGAAGUGCGGGGUUUGCACAAUGAUGUUACUCGAGGUGGUGAAAACCAAAGAGAUAAACACAGCAGGGGCACACCUAAUACUGAAUUCAGCAGUGGAGGGAGGAAGGAUUCUCAUUUGUAUAAGGUUAAAACCAAAGAGAAGGUACUGAAUGCAUACGAUAUUGACGUAAACAAACAUCAUGAACCAGAGUCUGGAUUUUCCAAGUACUCUACUAUGAACGUUUUUUCUGGAAGUCUACAUUUAUCAAGUGGGGGAGAAAACAUUCAGGAAGGGAACAGUUGGGGCUUUCCGGAAGUGAGACCAUCUCAACAUGGAUCAUCAUCUCAACAUCAACUGGAUUUAAGAAGCCUUUUUUGAACUCGACAGCAUAUAUCUGAAGACGAAAUAUCACCCAAGGUGUUGGUCAUUAACAGUGACACACUCAGGUGUACUACUUUGGCCAUGUUUCUAAUGGAUGAGAACUGCAAAGAAGGCUUUAAAAGAGUUGGAGACAUUAAAUCCUAGAGCGGUUGACGACUGCAAGAAGCUGGCUAAAUGAUAUGUCACAAAAGCAGAAAAGAUCCUUUUUUUUCCUUCCAGCUACAACUUCCAGCCAUGGAGAUCAAACUGCUUAAUGAUAUACUGUUGUGUACGUGUCCUUCACAUUUUUCAUUGCAAUCUCGUGCAUCUCCUUUUUAACCUUCUCUACUUUGUACAUAUAUGAAAUGGAACCCUGGUGAAUAUAACAAAUGGUACACUGGAUGUGUAUCAACCCUGCGAUGUAGUAAUAUUAUGUUAGUUAGACGUAAGGUUGUUUAAGUAGGUGUACACGGAGAAAAAACAACCCCUGUUCAGCUCAUGGAACUGAUUUUGUUAUGCUUAAAUCUUAUCACUGAAUUUAAAUCUAGAUUACACCUUUCUUUUUA